CCCAAAGCCAUGCACAGUUCCCUCUGGGACACCAGGACCAUCUCCUACUCAGGAUGUGUCAUCCAGUUCUUUUUCUUUAUGUUCUUCAUCUCAUCAGAGAUUUCUCUCCUGACUAUCAUGUGCUAUGACCGCUACGUGUCCAUCUGCAAACCCCUGCACUACAGGACCCUCCUGGGCAGCAGAGCUUGUGCCCACAUGGCAGCAGCUGCCUGGGCCAGUGCCUUUCUCAAUGCUCUGCUGCACACAGCCAAUACAUUUUCCCUGCCCCUGUGCCAGGGGAAUGCCCUGGGCCCGUUCUUCUGUGAAAUCCCUCAGAUCCUCAAGCUCUCCUGCUCCAAAUCCUACCUCAGGGAACUUGGACUCAUUGCAGUUAGUGCCUGUUUAGCUUUUGGCUGUUUUGUGUUCAUUGUUUUCUCUUAUGUGCAGAUCUUCAGGGCUGUGCUGAGGAUCCUCUCUGAGCAGGGAUGGCACAAAGCCUUUUCCACCUGCCUCCCUCACCUGGCUGUGGUUUCUCUGUUUCUCAGCACUGCAGUGUUUUCCUACCUGAAGCCCCCCUCAGUCUCCUCCCCAUCCCUGGACCUGGCCCUGUCAGUUCUGUAUUCGGUGUUGCCUCCAGUCCUGAACCCCCUCAUUUACAGCCUGAGAAACCAUGAGCUCAAUGAUGGCCUGAGAAAAUUGAUGGCUUUAUAUUUUCAGAAAUAUUAA